AUGGCUGCCUCCUUAGUAUCGUGCGGGUUACAUAUGAGGAGGUCCGGGAGACUUGUCAAAUUGUUCCAGAAUUUAGAUUCACACGUCUCAAGGAGGUUAGGGACCACUACUUCAGCCGAAAAAGUAGAUGUUGACAAGACACACCAGGCCGUUUGUGUUGUGAUUUCAGAUGUCAGGAACAUCAGAAAGUCAUAUUUCGCCAUUCAAGAAGAGGGGCAAGAACAAGCCGAGAGAUCAGUUCUCAUCAGCUGCCCCCCUAAAUUCAGCGAGGAAAGGUUUUUAAAACACUUAUCCAAACAUGGAGACAUCAGCAACUACUUCUUUUAUUACAGCUAUGGCAUCUAUGCUGUGGUUGAAUUCUCCAAUAGGGAUAGCAUUGCCUCCAUGAAGGAGAGCUCUCGCAUCCCCAUUGUCCAACACGAAGCCGCUGUGCCUUUUAAAUCCCGCCUCUUCUCCUUAAAAUCCACUGGAGCACUGAACCAAUCAGACAGCCCGAACACAGUCAAGUGCCAGCAGCAUGCACCACUCCCCAUUAACCAACUCACUCAGCGCCUUUCUAAAGAGGAAAGUAUGGAUCGGCAGCUUCAGUCCCUGAUGGAGGCGUAUCAGCUGACGGAGGACAAUGUGCGCCUGCGUUUCCUCGUCUGCUCGCUGCUUCGGGACAUAGCUGCCGCAUAUUUCCCAGAAUGCACCAUCAGGCCGUUCGGCUCCAGCGUGAACGGCUUUGGUAAACUGGGCUGUGACCUUGACAUGUUCUUAGACUUGGAUGCCAUCAGCGGUGGAAAGCCAAAAAAGUCAGAUUCGGGUCUAUCUCUAGAGUACCAGGUGAAGCGGGGAGCGUCGGAGAGGUCUGUGACCCAGAGCAUCCUCUCUGUCAUCGGGGAAUGUGUGGACCAGUUCGGCCCCGGGUGUGUGGGGGUCCAGAAGAUCCUGAACGCACGCUGCCCCCUUGUCCGAUUUUCACACCAGCCCUCGGGCUUUCAAUGUGACCUUACUGCUAAUAACAGGGUGGCGAUGAAGAGCUCUGAGCUCCUGUAUCUGUACGGGCAACUUGACGAGCGCGUGCGCUGUCUGGUGUUCACCGUGCGCUGCUGGGCUCGUGUUCACGGCAUCACCAGCAGUAUACCCGGGGCCUGGAUCUCCAACUUCUCCCUCACUGUCAUGGUACUGUUCUUCCUCCAGAGGAGGAGUCCGGCUAUUCUGCCCACGCUAGACCAGCUGAAAGAUCUAGCAGCUGCGUCGGAUAAAUGUGUUAUUGAAGGGAACGACUGCACAAUUGUGAGUGACCUCAGCAAGAUUAAACUGCAGAACAACACAGAGUCACUAGAAAAACUGCUGCAGGAAUUCUUUGAGUUCUAUGGCACCUUUGCCUUCAACAAAAUGUCCCUCAACAUCCGUAAGGGCAAAGAGCAGAACAAACCCGAGUCGGCCGCCCUGUACAUCCAGAACCCUUUUGAAACUUCCUUGAACGUUAGCAAGAACGUUAACGCAACACAGCUGGAACGCUUCGUGGCUUUGUGCCGCGAGAGCGCCUGGAUGCUCCAGCAAGGGGAGGUCCUUAAACGAGGCUCCGCCCAGUCGUCUGGCUCCGUCCCGCCCUGGGGACUGGCGGCGCUUCUCCUCCCCUCGGUUGCCGAGGGAGCGGGGGUGAAAGGUCGCAGGAAGCGGAAGAGAGAGCCAGCAAGCGAGAGAAUAAAGAGUCUACUGGACUCCCUCAAGUCCAAUGGGGGAGGAAAGAAGAACCAACGCAGCUAGGA